AUGUCUGCAGAACACACAGAAUUGAAGGAUGAGCAGCUGCCUCCCCGCGACGAGGGAUUGGACGACGAGGAGGAGAUCGCCGCCAUGAAGCGACGUGUUGCGGAGAUGGAAUCCGAGGCUGCCAAGCUACGCGACAUGCAGGAGACGCUGGAGCAGCAGGCCGAGGGCCUUCAAGAGAACAAGGAAGAUAUCGAUGCGCGGAGUAUAUUCGUCGGCAAUGUCGACUACGGCGCUUCACCCGAGGAGAUUCAGGCACACUUCCAGAGCUGCGGGUCAAUCAAUCGCGUGACCAUCCUUUUGGACAAAUUCACGGGUCAGCCGAAGGGCUAUGCCUACGUCGAGUUUGCGGAGCCCAGUCUUGUGGCCCAGGCUCUGGUUCUCAAUGAGAGUGUCUUCCGUGGCCGGAACUUGAAGGUGACUCCCAAGCGCACCAACCUUCCGGGCAUGACUCGCGGGCGUGGACGAGGUGGAUUCCGCGGUGGCCGUGGACGUGGUGGUUUCCGAGGAAGCUACCGAGGUGGAUAUCGGGGUCGGGGUCGUGGCUUCGCGCCAUACUAA